GCUCGUCAAAAUCAAAUAUGGAGGUCUGCAUCUCAGGUUGUGUAUUCUCUUCGCUGGUUUACGAACUGGAGAACAGUCGAGGCGACGUUGUGAGUGGAUUAUUAUUGGCUUGUUUACAAGUAUAAUGUAUUGCAUCUAAGUUUAUUCGAUAACUUUGUUUUAGGAAGGACUUUUAUUAGGAGAAAUCAACAGCCGAAUUGUCAACACCGUCACAGAUUCACAAUCAGAAAACUUGAGACAUGAACGAGUGGCAAGUUAGUGUUUUUUGGCUCACGUUGUUGUUUGAUCGAUAUCAUUGGGAAUUUUACUCUUUUUAACUAUCACUUUCAAUUGUCUUCUUUCCAGCUAUCCAAGGAUUUGUGCCUUUUGGUAAAGUCCAUCGGUAAGUUUCGUUUAUAAUUAGCUUUAACAUCCGGAAGUGACAAUUGAUUCAACGUAGUAAAUCAGACAGGAGGCGACGAAGCGUCGAUGCAGAUUUCGUAUAGGUCUGUUUAUUUGGUCAGAGAGGUAUAACAAAUAAAGCGAGCGAAGCAAAUAAAGCUAUGAAUUAAUGGCGAGUUAAUUGCCAAUCAUUGCAGACUCAAAAGCUAACUGGUCAAAUCGCUCGCGCGAAAGUCAUCUUGCCUUAGGUUAUGUCGCCUAAAGUUAAUUUACGCUUAGAUACAUAGCCACAAAGCCUAGAAAGCACUUUCAAAAUAUGUAUUAUCUAUUCUAAUCCUCUAUUGAGCCCCCCCGGUCUUAUUUAUUUCAAGACCAUUUGAGUGAGGGUGGGGCUUAUUUAAAAGGGGGGGGGGGGGCUUAUUUAAUUGAGAUCCGAUGAUGGUGUCGGCCACAAGAACUUAAAAAACAGUCAGCAAAAUGACAACUCUGCAAGUGCAUUGUAAUCUUUCGUACAUUUCUUUACAUCCACUGCAUGACUUGGUUGUGAAAAUACCUAAUUCAUUUUUACGUUUUUUGAAGGACAUGUACAAACAACAGAGAAAUUUUUUUUCUUUCUGUGAAUUUGGAUAUUUUGUAAGAAAUUUGGCAAAGUGGGUUGGAACAUGCACAAUUUCAAUGAAGAGAAAAGGAAUAAUCUUUGCUUUUUCUGCCAUGUCUCCCCUGCCAUCCCUGGAUACUUAUGGUCCCUAAUGUUAUAUGUGGGUUGAGCUUUUCAUUGGUUCUUGUCCCAUGAGUUCUGAGUGGUUUUAUCAGGAUCCUUUGGUUUUCAUCUCCAUCUCAUGUGCAAAACCAAAGUUUCCAAAUUUCAACUCAGUUAGGAACAAUGGAAAACAAGGAACCACUUUGUGGAUGUACUACUGUUACUGCUACUUACUGCAUCAUUUUAAUCCAUACUUGGCCAAAAGAGGGAGCAUUAAUGGUUAGAUACAGAAAUGUUGCAAUCAAUAAUAAAGGCCGCCAACCCCCACCCGCCCAGAAAAAAAAUCAUUCUUUAGUAUUGGGACCUCGGAAAAUUGCAUCAAAAGUGGAAUUUGAGCAUCUGGGAAAAGGAAUUCUACACGUGAGGUCAUAAUUUAUGUUUUCUUUUUAUUGAACAAGAGAAACAAAUAAAAUUAAUUAUGAUGGAUUUAUUAUCCCACCGAAACAAUCGGUUUCUCUGUGUAGCUGGUGUUUCUGUGUUGACUAAAGGGCAAUGAAAUUUCCUGCACUUGCUGCAGCUUCUAUAGGAUGCUGAAUAAAAUUGUUAGCUUUUAAUAUAAAACACACAUGCUGAUACAUGAUACAUGUACAUGCACACGACAACUCAAGGGCUAGGGUGCAAAAUAUUGAGUAUAUAGGCUGCAGUGCAAAAUUUUGGAUCCAAUACUUGAGUUGGAGUUGAAGUGAUAAUGGCUUUGCUGUAUAGAAAGGUUAAUUCCAUUUUAUUCUGUGACUAAAACAGUUUCUGUUUAUUUUAGGUUCUCAAAAGUGACCUGUUAUGUUUUGUAAUAAAAUCAAUGUUGUUCCUGGUUUAGGUCAGCUGUAAGCAAUUUAAUGCCAAUGCAACCUUUAUUACUAAAGUAUCACCAGAAAAAAGGCAUAUAUCAUGUAAUUCCUUAUUCACAAUAAUUGUAACUAAAAGAAAAAGGUAAAAACACGCUUGGUCAUAAAGGAUUUUAUAUUAUUUUAAAGAGACCUUUUUUGCAUUAGACCAACAUGGAAAAUCCUAAGUGGGUAGGGUCGCACAGCAAAAAAUGACAAGGCCUAUCCUGCCUGCUAAGAUAACUAACUUUGCACAGGGAAGUGGAUGUGAAACACUUUGUUGUUUGUUUUAAAGUUUGGAAGUCUUGAAUGGAAUUAAUUUAAUAAUAAUAUAAAACCUGGCUUGAAGAUGCCUCUCCACUCAUGUGCUAAACCUAACUGAUGAAUUAAGUAGGGUAAAAGAGUGGUGUGUGAAUCAGGCUUUUAGCCAGACAUUGAAAACUGGCCUUGCAGAAGGCAUGUUUUCCUAUAAAACAACAAGAGAUUACGUGAAUUUUCCUUAUAUUUCUUCCUAAAAUGGGCAUCCAUAGGACGGCUGGAUGCAUUUCUGGCUAAAACCUUGGUCUGAAUCAAUUUGGUAUGGCAGUUUUAGGUUGGUGCAGCGAAAGUGUUAAGCUCGACAGAUUGGUUGAACUUUUGUCGAACUUAACUUUUGCUCGACACACGUUGCACUUUUUGAAUCAGAUGUCGCACCAGUGUCGCUCCAAAGUCGAACUUAACCAGUUAGGUUUGGCACAUGAAAAGUAUGGUGUCUGAACCAGGACUUAGUAUCUCAAGUACAAAAUAAAUUCGGAAGUAAGGUUUCAACUUAUUUUGAACACAUUUUGUUAUUGUACAUGUUUUGUUUCAUUAUAAGAUAUUGUCAUUUUUGCUGGCAGGUUUUACACUGGUGUUGGUCAAAUAGUUGAUGAUACUGUUUCAGAGGAGCUUAAUAAUGACAAUGGAAAAACUGUUCAAGUAAGAAAUAUAUAGAUUACUACUGGUGUAGAUCAUACAUGUAUGAAUAUUUUAUUGGUCAGCUGUUGGGCCAGUUGCAUAAUAUGAAACAGAACUGCUCAAGUCUGGCUUUAUUAAAUAAAGAGUCUUUCAACAAGUGUUACACUUCAUGAUCACAAUAUUGCUUGGAUUGCUAUAAACUCAAACAAAUUGUCAGAAAAAGAUGGUGUUGAAAGUCCUUCAUAUAGAAAUGAUAUGAAAUAUUAUACAAUAAAAAGUCUGAAGACAUAUUACAGUAUGUAAAUAGGUUGCAUUAUAUGAGGCUGAUACUCACAGGCAGUAGAUGUGCAUAUCAGUUUUACUCUGAUUUUACCCAGUUUAACAUUCAGCAUUCAUUGAUUGAAGGAUCUGUACUCUGUUACAUUGAUUUGAAACGAUACAUGUAAUGGUUGGUGUCUCUUAGCUUACACAAAACCAAACAGGAGAAAUAUCCUGUCCAGUCAUCCAGGACAAUUAGAUUUCUUGCAGGACAAGUAAUGUUUCAUGCAUAUGCCUGAUAAGCUAGAGCCCAGCCAGUCAGGUCAACUUUACUUAGUAAAGUAAACUAAGAUAAGCAUGUAACACCUUUGGGCAACCGAUGUGUGUUAAAGCUUGGAGCAAUUGAUAGACAAGUUUUUUUUUAAGCCUUGACUUAUACCCAUGUCUUCAAUGUGAACACACGAAAUUGGUCUGUGUUGAUGGUACUCCUGAUAAUCUUAGAUAACUGAAAAUAUAGGCAAUUCUCUGCUUAAUUAUGAGAGUGGGAUUUUUGUCCAAAUAUGUUUAUAAUACUUGUUUUUAUGUAUUUAAUUUUUAUUUUGUUGAUCAUUUAUUAUCUCUGGUUUUGUUGUAGAAAGUUAUCGGUUGGUUUAAAUUUCGCCGGAACACACAAUCUCUAGUAUCCAUGAGGGAAAGAUUUAUCCAUCAUAAUCUAAUCGAGAAGUUUAAUUUCACACCAGCAAAAGGUACAUAUAGAUGCAAAUCAACUUUGCGCUAAACUUUACAUGAAUUUUCUGAUUUGUGGGUUUAGUGUUCAUAUUUUUUGCUUAUGUCUCAUGAUCAAUAAAAUUAUAGUACAACAGUUUAUAUGUCCAACAUCCAAUUUGAUAAGGGCAUGACUAUUCACUGAAAAAUGGCUUUUUGUCGGGCACGUAAUCAGUGUGAUAUUGCUUUAGGGACUUGUCUCUUUCAAACCUGGCCACCUUCACCUUGCAAGGACAUUGUGCAGUGAACAUAUCCCAUAAUAUUUUACCCGAUUGUGACGAGAUUAUAGCAAAGGGCCAAGAUUUCUUAACAUAAGUCAUAUUCCCGUAAACAUGGCUAUGCUGUUGGUCAAAUGAAUUUCAGGUUAAAAUGGUUUUCCACUAAGUUUCUACAUUUCCUUUGUUUCCUAAACCUAAUUUUUCAUGAUCACGAAUAUUUAUUGCUAAGAGACAUAGGGAAAUAAUAAUAAUAAUAAUAAUAAUAAUAAUAAUAAUAAUAAUAAUAAUAUACAGUAUUUAUAGAGUGCUAAUUCCCAAUGGUCCAAAAGCGCUUUACAUAAUAAAAAUAACAACAAAAUCCUAAACCUACAAAACUACAUUGUCAUUCUAUAAAAAUUCCCAGUGGUCCAAAAGCGCUUUACAUGAUAAAAAUAACAACAAAAUCCUAAACCUACAAAACUACAAAACUACAUUGUCAUCCUAUAGAAAUUGAGAAUCAAGCUAGGUCGAAACCAUUUUAAACCAAAUUUGAUUUUGACCUACAACAGCUGUAAUUAGAAGACUGUCAAAUCAGAAAAAAUUCUGAUAGCAAGCUACAGUGUAAAGCUCUGACAUUAUUUUCUCGAACCACACCAAAUGAUUUUGCUUUCUCUUUAUUAAAGAGUUCAUCAUGGCAGUGUUUACAGCGUCCAUGAGCAGAGACAUGUCAACUCACAAGUUGGACUACAGCUUUUGUUGUUCUUCACACAGAGGAGGGUAUGUCAGAGGAAGCUCAAUAGCAUAAGGCUUUGGACUAAGAGAGGCAGGGGGAGGGGGGUGGGGGGUUCAGUCAUCCUUGACCCCUUUAGCCAGGAGACCCAUCCUCCGCAAGGGCUUUGGUUUUGUUGCCUUUUCCCCAUUCUUCUUUCAUCGGGAUCUAGUAAUCACAGGAAAAUAGGCUACUCAUAGUGAUAAUGAAUCCAGCAUUUUGUUUCUUAACAAUUUUUUUUGAUAAUCAAAUUAAUUUAAGAAAAAAAUAUCUGAUUUAUUAUAUAUAUUUAUAUGUGAUAAAUAAAUGUGUUUACAUAUUGACUAAUAAAAGUCCACUGAUAUGAACUUAGAGGCCUACAAGCCAAGCCUGAACCCAGUUUCAGUAGUACUUGAACCACAUAGGGCAGUGGUGGAUCCAGGGGAGUCCCCCCCCCUUAUCUCAAGGUCUGGAUCAGGCAGUGUAGGGCUACAACUGUAUUGGUUAGGAAGCUCAUGCAAUCACAACAACUACAUGUGUGGCAGUUAACAUGUCAUUUUUGUCAAUAAUUUGAUUCUGGUUUUCCAAACUUGAAUUUGUUUAUUACCUUGCUCAAUUUAAGUGUAGGUAAAUUUUCUUGGUGUUGAAAUCUUAAGGAGUGUAUCCAAUUUUACAUACAUGUAGAUACAUUAAAGUACACUGAUCUUAUUAUUUUUUUUGUUGUUGUGUUCUCCUCACCUCUUAUACAUGUAUGUAAUAAAAAAUGUCACAUUAGGAAGUUUUACGUAGUAGUUGUACAGUGGACAUUGAUGCAUAAUUAUAUAGAGCUGUUGUUUUGCUUGUAAAAUCAUUGGCGUUUUCUGACUUUCAUGUUGCUUUCAUUGUUGACUGUGAAUGAAAGGAGAUGAUAAUGUGAAGGAAAUAAUGAAAUGGACCCAGACCAGUCAGCUCAAUAACAUGUGCAUGUAAUUGUGUUAUAGUUAAUUUUUUAUCUCAGGUAAUUUUUGUUUUUCUGUUGUUUUUAACCCUUUCCUUGCCAAACGUGGCCAAAGGCAAAUUUCGACCAAAUUUCCAAAUUUCAUUCCCUAACAUUUUGAGAAAUAAAUAGUAUCAUGUGAAAGUACAGGCAGGCAGAGAGCUUUGAUUUGAAUGGUCACAAUGUUGUCAUAGGAUUUUGUCCACAGACUCAAAAGUUAGAGUCACCCUACAAAACUCUAUCAACCACUCUGGCAUUGAAAGGGUUAAGUAAAAAAACUAUGGAAAUGUAUGCUAAUGAAGUUGAAACAAAAGAAAAAUAAAAAUUACCUCAGAUAAAAAAUUAACUAUAACAAUAUAUAUGUUAGUACCAAAGGUAUUGUUGUUAUCAGUAUUGUUUUUAUUGUAUCGCAAAAUAUUUUGCUUCCAGACUGUUUGAGCCAGUUCAUGUGCAGAUACUUAAUCUUGGAGACACUUCACAUUCUGAAUACAGGCUAAACAGCUUGUCUGCCCAGGCCACAUCUAACCUAUUUUAUGAAGUAGUUGACUCUUACAGGUAAUUUCAUAAACAUUGCUUACAAUAAUAAAUAUUAAGGAACCACUGCAGCCACCAGUUAAGACUUACACAUACUUGUUUUAAAACAAAAGGGGAAAAGCAAUGACAAUUGAACCAGGGAGUGGAAGUUAAUUAUUAUAUGAAAUGCUAAUGGCAUAAUUAUGCCAUAAGGCAACAAAAUUCUUCUCACUGAGGAGUUUUGAAUGCACAUGUAUUGUCGUUAAUUUGUUUACCACUAGAAAUUGAAUGUUUUCUAGUCACUAUGUGCCUGAGAAAAUCAUGUUGUUUACUGGGCUGGCUUUUAUUAUGAUUGUGAACCAAAGCUUCUGAAAUUCUAGCAUUUGGUUUUGCUUGUUGCUAGGCAACCAUGGACACCAACCAGAUUAUACAGCGCAAUAUAAAUGCAACUUGAGAUUCCACAUUCACUGAUUGUGAAGUCUGACAAACUUAUAUUAAAACUUCGCACAAGAAAUUAAGAUUUUCAAAUAACUGGUUGGUGCAUUUGCAGGAAUGAUUUUGUUGAUGACAAAGGAUGUUUACUUCAGUCCACCAAUAUGCAUGGCAUGUACAUAACGAUGAUGAGAAAGCUACAGGUAAGGUCAAAGGAAGCACCACCUAAUUAGCAUCUUCACGAAUUUUAGUGUUAUCUUCUUAUUAUGCAACCCUGUUUUGAUCGUGUGAAUAAGAGUGCCAAAUUAAAGGGCAGUAACAUGUUGCAUGUUAAAAACACACUUAUGCUUAUGCACUAGACGUUGAAAACCAGGCUUUAAAAGCCACUCACCAAGCCAUUUACUCUCUGACAGCAAUGGCCAGAGUAUGCUUAGCUGGAAAAUAUACACAAACCAACAAGAACCUUGCACUCUAGUUCUACUGUAAACCUGGUUAGACCUCAGACAGGAGAGUUGAACUUUUCAAGACGUUUCUUCAGAACUUUUUAAUAAUAUACCUGACAAUGUAAAUAAUAAUAAUGUUAUUUAUUCUGCUCAGCCAUCAGAGACAUUUUAAAGAAGCCUUACAGUGACAACUGAUUUUUAUUCACACCUGUAAUCUGUAUAUAUAUAAUUAUUUUAAUUUUUGAUCUUCUAACCUGCUUUUAAUGGAUUUAAUGGAGCCAAAACCAAUUGUGGAAUUGCAUGCAUUUUAGGCAUCCUACUGAUGAACAGUUGCGACACGUAGAUAUAUAUUGUUUAGCAACUAAUAUAAUUUGCAGUCUGGCUACUUUGAAUUUAAUGUAUCUGUAAUUUUUUUUCUCCCCUUUUUCUUUGCUAGAUAGUUUAGAUAGUUUAAAUAGAGGACGAGCCACCUCGUGCAUUAUAUUGAAUAAACCACUAUUAUUAUAUGUUUCAAUAGUUCCUUUAAGAAGCUAGAAAAUGAUAUGAGUUGCUUAGACAAGUGCAGACUGUUUUUUGCAUUUUCUUAUGAGGAAAUAUGUCAACUUUAUGUGAUGUUUUUGCAUUCUUAUAAGUUUUAUUUGUGGCUAAUUUCCAUUAUACUUCUUUAGGAUCUGGUUGAAUUAGUAAAAAUGAGUGAAACAAGUGUAUCGUCAUUAACAGAGGAUGUGGAAUCCAGAAAAAAGGAAGUAGAAAGAUGUCGACUAGAACUAGCCAGUAAGAGUGGUGGGUAAUGUUUUACUAGUUGAGUAAAUAAAUUUUAAAGAAAUAGGUACUAAAAGAAAGUCUGAGUCUGGUGGCCAUUGCAAUCGCUUCUUUUGAGAUACACAGCUGAAAAUUCACAGGUCAAUUAAUUUUCAUAUGCUCUUUCAGUUCCUUCUAAAAAGCGAACUUUUUUCAUGUUUACUAUUGGAAAAGGCCUAUUGACAGCUUUCAAAGUAGGGAAUCGGCUGACCAGUGUCACAUGCUGUCACGUGGUUUGUUUCUUGCUUAUGGCAAAAACUGAAUUACCUCAGAAAGACAUUUUUCAAAAGAUCCCAUGAGAGUUUGUUUUUGGUCUUGACUAAAUCUAUACCAGACUGAGUAUAUUAUAGUAAGAUAGAACAUACAUUGACAUGCAAGAGUGCAGUUAUAAUACGGUUGUUGUCGUUGGCAAUCUUUGUUCCUUUUAAACAAUACCAUGGUACAACAAGUGUGAUUCUUCCAUCUUCCAUUUUUUGAACUCCCAAUAAUUAUUCAAACCAAUUCCCAUUUCCCCUGAGGGUUUGAAAAACAAAGAUUCCAUUGUAUUGGGUAACUCAUGGGUUUGGUUUUCUUUCAAUGCUUAAUAUAGAGUCUUGUGAAGUUGACAACAGGAAACCAGUCCAAUCACACCCUGUCCCAACCCAAUCAAACCAGGACAUUGAAAAUGACUUUAACACUGUAAACAAAGGCGGAUCAGGGAUAUCUGCUGAAAGUAAUAGAAAAGAAGACUUGAUUUCAUUUGAUGAUAAUGAAAUAAUGGAAACAAAUAACCAAAGUGACAUUCCAGAUGAAAAAUCAAAUGUGCAGAUAAACAUUGAAACCAGGAACCUAAGCAGGAGGAAACAAAAGACACCAGCUAGGGUCGUCAGUCUCGCAACUCCGGAUGCUGAUGAUGAUAUAACAGACGACGAGACACAAACAUACUCCUUGGAUGAUAAUGUAAAAGGAAGUGGACCAAAUUAUGAAGAAACAUUUUCUAAGAAUUUAACUAUGGAAUCGUCAUCGCCAGUUUUCUAGUUGAUCUUUUGUUGGCGGGAUGUUGGCCAGCUCACCAGAUGUUAACCGAGAACUAUGGGCAGUGAGGAAAACAUGCAAAGGAGUAAAAGAGGACUGAAGGCUAUCAUGACAAAACACCAAUCUGUUAGUUGACUGUUAGAGCUUUUUAAAA